AUGGGGUCCUGGGGGUUCCGGGAAAGGAUAAAGAGAGACGGGGGAGGCUCAGCUGAUUUGGAGGGACCUGGAGCAGUUACAGGCCAUGUUGGAGGCUCCUUGAAUGUGUACUGUUGGUAUAACGUCAAGUAUAAGAAGUACCAGAAGAUGUGGUGCCGUGGGAAAGCCUGGGCUUCAUGCAGUACCCUUGUAGAAACCUCUGGAUCACAGCAGGUGGUCAGGAGUGACCGGGUGACUAUCAGGGAUGACCAGAUUCGGCACAGGUUCACUGUGACAAUGGCGCAGCUCAGGGCCAGUGACACCAACACUUAUUGGUGCGGGAUUCAGAGACGGGGAAGUGAUCUGGCAGUCCAGGUCAGAGUGACCGUCAGACCAGCGGCCACCAUAGAAGAGACUACAGACGCUCCGACGUUAAGUGGAAAUCAUUUGCCCCAC